AAGUGUGGGAAACGAGAAAAAUGUUGGAUUUUGUGAAAAAAUUCCUACAAGCUGCCAACAUUGACAGAGGUGAAUUUAGAGUUGGUAUUGCGACGUAUAGUACAUGGGCCAGAAUAGAAUUUAAUUCGAAAGACUACACCAAUAAAAAUGAUUUGUUUAAAGCUGUUGAUAAUAUUUCCUGGCAGUACGGCAGCACAAAUACAGCCGAUGCGUUACUCAUAAUGCAUGAUACCAUGUUCACAGCCAUAAAUGGCGACAGGGCAGAUGUACCAAACAUUUGCAUUGUUAUCACUGACGGUGUGUCAAACAUUAACUACGGUAGAACCAUACCCGAAGCUGAAGCUGCCCGCAAGAAGGGUAUUCAUAUCUAUGCUGUUGGUAUCGGUCUACAAGAUUUAAAUGAAGUUAACGGUAUCGCAAAUAAGCCAUCCAGUGAAAAUGCCUUCUCUGUAAACAAUUUUGAUGAAUUAGAAGGUCUAAAUGAAACAAUAUUUGAAGCAGCAUGCACAGCUGACGAAGAUAAAGUAACAACUAGGUCACGACCUAAACCUACAAUCCCCAUCAAACCGACCAACACCACUACGCUUGCUGCCACAGUCUCCACCAAAUUAGCCACCACUACUUUACCUCCACCUUCAAUCUCCACCAAAUUGACCACCACCGCUAUUAUGCUUCCCCCUGGAAUCUCCACCAAAACCACUACCACUUUGCUUCCUUUGACAAUAAUACAAGAGAAGCUUUUAAGGGAAACAGGAACUGCGCUAGUGGCUGUUGGAUCUACAUUUCUCGUACUCAGUGCCGUAGUUAUUGGUGUAGCUGUGUUCUUGUUCUACAAAACCGUAAAACAACAUAUGUAA